GUGCACGCUGAGCUCGCUCCAGCCGCGCUUUCUACAGCAUGCGCGGCUCGCAGCGGCAACCAAGUUCCUCAGCUUCCCUCAUCCCACAAUCCACGCCGCGGCGCCACGCGACGGAUCGGGCUAAUUUUCACCAUUCCCCGAUCUAUUGACUAUGCUUGUGCGUUGACGCGAUCUUCUCGGCAUGCCACCCAAGAAGAGAGGCGGGCGGGCGGGCACCCAGGCUGUCGCGACGCCUUCGUCGGCGGCGACAGCCCGGGACGAAGAUGCCAUGGACGUCGACACGCCAGCCCAAACACCAACCGCGCCAACUCCCGCUCCUGCUCCCGCGCCGGCGCCCCCACCGCCGCCGAAACCACUGACAGACCCCUGGACGGACGAUCAAAUAGCGUCCCUGUUCAAGGGCGUCAUCAGGUGGAAGCCGGCAGGCAUGCACAAGCACUUCCGGAUGCUAGCCAUUAGCGAGCACCUACGGAAUCACGGCUUCGACCCCGACACGUGGCCGCACACGCGGGUGCCGGGCAUCUGGACCAAGCUGGCCGAGUUCUACAACCUCGAGGCCGUCGACGAGCGGGAAAAUAACAUGGAUCCGCCGGAGGAGGAAGGCCAGCCGAGGCGGUACAUCGAUUUCGGCCUACCGUGGGACGAGUUCGGCACACUGAUGAUGGAGAGAGCGCGCGCGCGCCCUAGCGAGGCGCCCACCAGCCCAGCCCAGUGGGAUCCGAAUGCGCCAGCCGGCGGAGCCAAGAAGCGGAAGCGAGGCGCUCGCGAGUCGAGGACCCGCAGUAGUACUGUGGAGGACACCGAGAACGAGGCGCAGACGCCACCGGCGGCAAGUCCGACGAGGAAGACAGGCAGAGGGGGACGAGGCACGAAGCGUACCUCUAGUAGAGCACGCAAGGCCAAGGAGGAGUCCCCCUCAGAGGAGGAAAGCGCCGAGGAAGAGGAGUCCGGCGGUGAGGAGGAGGAGGAGGAAGAAGAGGAAGCGGGCGCACCAGCUCCUGCCAGGGGUGGCAGGGGAGGCGCCAGAGGCCGAGGAGCUGGCAGAGGGAGGGGCCGCGGGAGAGGCCGAGGACGCGGACGGUGAGCGUCCGUUACUUGCAGAUUGGCACUUUUCACGGCCUAUACCGCAGUAAUUAGUUUAGCGAUACCCACAUACUGUAGACGAAAGAGCCGGUUGGCUUGCACCGCCAAUUGGCCUUGCUGCGGCUUUCUACGCUGUAUCGUGUAGUUGUAGCUCUAUCCAGGCGCUGAGUGCGUCGACAACCCCACCAAAACAGGACCCCGCAGUCGCGCAGCUAUACCGCGCCUGAACCUGGGCCUGAG